CUGCGAUUUCGACAUUCGGUAAAAUUGGUUAGAACACAGUGAACACACUGAAUUAUUUAUGUACAAAAAUCAUCGUUUAUUCAGAUUGUACAAGAAAAGAUUCAAAGUUUUUUUAGAUGACCUGCAAUAUAUGAGUCACCGCUAAACUCGAGUUAUAGCGUCACUGUUACUUGGAGUCAGUGGCAUUGCCACUUCGAGGUUUGUAUAGUUCAUUCAGGGAGACUAUAAUUUAUAGACGAACUACUCAAAUACAAGGUAAUCAACUAUUCGUAAAAUGUGUGAUGAGUAUGGCGGUGCAGAUGACUUUGAAUCAGAUGAAGAGCCUCUGGACGAGGUACCAGAAGAGGAUUUAGACACAAAACCUGAAGGUGUCACGUACAUAACAGCUGAUGAGGCGCCGCGCUUAUCAGGUCAAAAUAUGGCUGCCCCAGUAGAAAAAAGUAAACGGAUUACUACUCCAUAUCUUACGAAAUAUGAGCGUGCUAGAGUUUUAGGUGCACGAGCUCUGCAACUAUCAAUGUCUGCUCCCGUUAUGGUCGAACUGGAUGGUGAACGAGAUCCUCUAAAAAUUGCUGAAAAGGAAUUAAGGGCUAACAAGAUACCUAUCAUUAUUCGACGUUUCCUUCCUGAUGGGAGUUUUGAAGACUGGAGUUUGGAUGAACUUAUUUUGACAGAAUAAAUUCAUAUUUUUUGUUUU